UCGUGAAGUCGUGAGUCGUGAGUCGGAAUUCGCUUUCGCGCUAGUUCAAUUUUGGCGCUGCGCCACGAGACACAUCCACGUUUUCCUUCUUUUCUCUCUCUCGAGCGCAACAGAUAGUAAUACUAUACAAAUAUGGAGAAAAAUAGUUCCGCACCGCCACCCGGCUUCAACCCCGGCUUGCCACCGUAUCCUUACCCGCAACCGCCACCAUCAAUGCCACCGCCGUCGAUGCCGCCGCAAAGUGUGACCAUUAUAUCGGGCAUGGCCUUUGGUAAAGAAACGCAAAACAUGACUUGUCCACAUUGCCAAGCUAACAUAACCACGCGUGUAGAAUCAGAAUCAAAUAUGAAAACGCACUUGAUCGCGCUGCUGCUUUGUGCGCUUGGAUGUUGGUGUUGCGUGCCAUGUCCAUACUGUAUGGACUCUUGCUUGAUGCACAAACAUUACUGCCCAGCAUGUGGUACUUAUCUCGGAAUGUCUGACAAUUAAUCUUAGCUGUAAUAUAAAUAUUGCAACAUUAUCGUUCAGUAGUGCACAUGUAUUCCCGGGAAAAAAUGGAUUAGAUCUAACUUAAAUUUAACAAGAUAAAAAAAAAAAAUGGAAAAA